AUGAACGGGCCGCGUCCCUCGACUCGGGCGUUUCUCUGCGAUCUAUCAUCUCUGCCGGCGGAUUCCAAAAUCCGCUUCUUAGGCUGUGUGAGGCAAUAUGAUGUCAAAACUGGCCACUUAAUCCUCGAGCACAACUACCCACGUAGCAGAAAAGAGCCCUGCUCGGUCUCGGUGGACGUCAAUGCCGUGCUCGAGGACCUGACCUCGGAGGAGCUGCGCGUGGGUGCGUGGUUGAAUGUGCUGGGUUAUGUCCGAGAUUCGACGACCCCAACUCCAUCCUUUUGUUCGUCUCAGCUGGAUUCCUCACAGCAAUCCAUUGGAGCUUCUGAGAUUGUGAAUAUACCAGUCAAGGUCGCACCGCGUCCGGUGUAUAUUGAUGCCGUGAUGGUCUUUCCCGCGGGUGCCAUCGCAGUCGGCGAGUAUGAGCGUAUUCUACGCAAUGCCCAAGACGUGGAGCGACGCAUGCGUUUUACUGGAUGA